AUGACUUCUCGUAUUCUAUUUACUCAAUUUAGAAGGAUAACUACUUUACGCCCUACACUUAUUCCUCAAUUUAGUCAUGCUACGAAAAGAACAAUAAUGACAAAAAAUAACAUUUGGGCUAAUCGUACACAUUAUCAAAAUAUUGGAUCAUUGUUAGGACGUCAACAAGUUCGUUCAAUGUUCAUUCAGACUGAGCAAACCCCCAACAAUGAUUCACUUAAAUUUAUCCCCGGUGUACCUGUCUUAGGAAGUGGCUCUGCAGAAUUUUUAGACGUUCGUUCAUCCAUGAAAUCGCCACUUGCUAAACAAUUAUUUCAAAUUGAUGGUAUCUCAGGAGUGUUUUUUGGACCCGAUUUUAUUACCAUCUCAAAGGAAGAAACUGCUGAAUGGCAAUUGAUGAAACCUGAUAUCUAUGCGGCUAUUAUGGAUCAUUUUGCAUCUGGUCAACCUAUUGUAUAUGAUUCUGAGGAUUUAGCUGCUAAUGAUACAACUAUUCUUCCUGAUGAUCCUGAGGAAGUUCAGAUGAUUAAAGAGUUACUUGAUACCCGAAUUCGACCCUCAAUACAAGAGGAUGGAGGUGAUAUUGAAUAUUGUGGAUUUGAAAAUGGUAUCGUUAAGCUCAAAUUAAAAGGAAGUUGUAGAGGCUGUGACAGUUCUAUUAUUACUCUUAAAAAUGGUAUUGAAAAUAUGUUGAUGCAUUAUAUCCCUGAGGUACAAGGUGUUGAACAAAUCAUUGAUGAAAACGAAGCCAUUGCUCUUCAAGAGUUUGAUAAACUUGAAAGAAAGUUGGGUGAAAAAUAG